UUUCAUUUUAUGUUUACCUCUCUUUGUUUUUAGCAGAAAGAGAGAAUCAGAAGACCGUUUAGUUUGGUAUAGGCAGACAUUCAAGAGAUUCGCUGUUUUGUUAGGGAGAGUAUUCUAUUUUAGGGGAAUUGGCCAGUCAGCCAACCCAAAAUAAUUGUCAAUGUGUCCCUUUCCUUGUCAAGCCAGUUCGGCAGUUCCCUUUAAGACUUCAAGUUAGCUAUGAAUUCUGGAGAGCGAUACAAAAUGGAUAAAACAAAUAACAAAGACCAACCUGAAAAGAAGGACGAUGAGGAUGUUUGUAAAGUUGAAACUAACCUCGAUGAUUCAAAAGAAAAAGAGCCUUGUAGUCCAACAAAAGCUGAAAGGCAAAUUAGUUUUUGCCGUAAGUUAACAGAAGAGAAAGAUGGGGUUGAAGGAAGCAAAACAGGCAGUCAUCCUGGACAACAUUUGGUAGAGCAGGAAACGGCAGGGCAAUCUUGGAUGAUGAAAAAUGUAUUAAAAGAGGUUGAGGAAAUUGGAAAUAUCACAGGCAGUGCAACUGAUGAGGGUGAAGGUGCAACUGGUAAAGACUUGGUCCGGCAAAGUGCCACUGAAGAAGAUGAUAUCAGAAAACUCAAAACUGAAGAAGAUGACGAAAACUCAGUUUUGGUCGAAGGAACUUGCGCAAAUCCAGCAGAUUUCCGUGCCUGGAAAACCUCAGAAGGUAACGAUAAAGAAGAAGAUACCCAACAAGAGUGUCGAAAUACUUUGGUUAUCUGGAAAAUAUCAGGCGUGAAAGAAUAUUCCAAAAAUCAAGAACCUAUAUCUAAGAUUUUGGGAUCUCUACCAACGAAUAAGAUUAUAAAGGAGAUUGACGAAUGGACACUUUUAGGAAGAGGUGAAAAUGUUGAUGUUUACCUUCAUGAUAUUUUAUCAUCGCGGAAACAUGCAAACUUUAGGAUUCGUAGAGACACACGGGACAGUAAGAAUCCACGGUUGUUUGCUGAAAUACAGAACGUAAGUAUUUCAAAGAUUGUAAUUGUCAAUGGUAACAAGGAGAUCAAAGAGAAUCAGAUAAUGGAACUUGCCAAUAACGACCAGAUUAGUAUUGGUAUAUUUACAUUCCUUAUAGAAAUUGUAAAAGGUGGAAGUAAGUCGAGUCAAUACGAGAUAGAGUUUAAAAACAUCCUACAAAGUUCCGCGCCAAUGUACAACGCACGUCAGAUUUCAAUGGAAAUGAACCCGCAGGCAUAUGGGAUGCCUAACUGGCAUCAGUAUCCAAGUAUGAGUAUGGGUGCCAUGAACAGAGGUAUGCCGGCUGAUAUGCCCAUGAGUAGAGGUAUGCAAGUUGGUAUGAUGAGUGGUAUGAAUAGAGGUAUGCCGCCUGGUAUGAUAGGUGGUAUAAAUGGAGGUAUGCCGCCUGGUAUGAUAGGCGGUAUACAUGGAGGUAUGCCGCCUGGAAUGAUAGGCGGUAUAAAUGGAGGUAUGCUGGAUGGUAUGCCUGUUGGAAUGUUUGUAGGAACGCCAGGUGUUUUGCCUAAUGCCGGUAUGGCUGGUAGUAUGCCACAUAUGAUGGGUGGCACUGCAGGUGUCGGUAUGCCUGGUAAUAUUGCAGGGAUGCACAGCAAUUAUGCAAGUAUGUCUGGCAACGUUGCAAGUAUGCCUGGUGGAAUGAUGGGAGUACCAGUUUGUUUUGCAACUAUGCCAAGUGGUAUUGGAGGUAUGCCAACUGCACGAGAUGGUGUUUAUCCUGUGCAGCAACAAAGGUUUGCACAAGAAAAUGAUGAGUCGUUGGCACAAAAUCAGUGCUACUACUCACUCAAAGAAACGAGUAAAUGAGAAAAAAGACAAAAUCAUAAAGGAUUCUUAUCUCACAUUUUUGUAAAAGGAAUGGAGUUUAUUUAUUGUAGAACAGAACAGCGUUUGAAUCAAGUAAUAGAGAAUCUAGAUGAUGGUAGAGUUUUUACGACAAUAACUAUUAGGUGUCUUUAGUUCAGAGAGCUGAAUGAUUUCGAGCAGUUGUUCCUUUGGGAUUCAUUAUAAUAUGAAUCUGUUGCAGUAGAUCUUGCAAUUCUUUAUAAAGUUAAGGCUACAUUGCCGAUUGUGGUUAGAAGACAUUUGUCACAGUCUGGCUAUAUUUACUGUCGUUGCUCUUGAUGUAUGAUCAUAUAAGCAUGAUAGCAAGAUUGCAGUA